ACACCAAAACCAAUCAAGUUAACAAACCAAAAAAUCAAAAUGACCAUGAGAAGCCUCUCAAUCUUCUUCUUCCUCCUCUUCACCCUCUCGACCAAAACCAAAGCCCAGCCCGCCGCAGCCCCGGCUCCUCCAGGCCCAACAAACAUAACGGCCAUCCUCGAAAAAGCCGGCCAGUUCACCACCCUCAUCCGCCUCCUGAAAACAACCCAAAUCGCCGAUCAAAUCAACAACCAACUCAACAACUCAAAAUCCGGCCUCACUCUCUUCGCGCCGACCGACAACGCGUUCUCCAGUCUACCCGCCGGCACUCUGAACUCCCUCACCGACCAGCAAAAGGUCUCUCUGAUCCAAUUCCACAUCCUCCCGAACGCGGAGUCCAUGUCUCAGUUCCAGACGGCUAGUAAUCCUCUGAGAACUCAAGCGGGAGAUUCGAACUUUCCGUUGAACGUGACGACGUCAGGGAACAGCGUGAACGUGUCGACGGGGAUCGUGAAUACGACGGUGUCGAACGCGCUGUAUUCGGACGGUCAGCUUUACGUGUACACUGUUGACAAGGUUUUGUUGCCGCGGAUUUUCAGGCCGUCAGUGCGACCGGCGGCCGGCGCCGGAGCGGCGAAGGGUAGGAAGAAGAAGGCGUCGCGGCUGUGGCUGAUGGCCGGCGGGGGCUAAGGAUACCGAUGCUUCGCCGGCGCGGCGGUUAACGGAGGGAAUUGGAGGAGGAUUGUUUUGGUCGCAGGUUUGAGUUUGGCCUGGUUGAACUUCUGACAGUACUGUAGUUGUUAGUAUUUCAUAAAUCAUUUUGAGAGGGAACUGGGAUUUGAGUGAAGGAUUGUGAUUCUAUUUUCCUUUUUCUUUUUUAUUUGAGAUGUACUUUAUCUGUGAUUGAUGCAUUUGAGAUUUUGAAUUGUUGCUUGAUUCUUAUGUAUUCUCCUAAUAAAUAAAUAGGAGAGGGUCCUAGAUUACCUACGGUUUA